CUGUGCAGUGCAUCAGUACUGUCGAGAGGAAUAAUUCGAUCACAUCACAUUAUACGACAUCAAAGCGUCUGUCAUUUUUCAUUGCGUCAAAACACCACCAAAUCAAUCCAUUUCGAUUUCAAUCGUUUUCAAGGAAAACCAGCAACAAAAAUGGCUAAUAUUAGAGAUCGCCUACGAUGCCGUGCCCAACGUUUUCUACAAAAAGUAGAUCAUAUCGAUCUAACCGACGAAUCAGCUGUAGUGGUCUCAUCGAAAUUCAUCGAAUGCAUUGAUUUGACCGAUCGUCAUGUAAAAAUCGAACCGGAACGGUUGGCUGAUUUUCGACAGAGCCUUUUCGCGGUGUUUCAUAGGCGCCGGAAGCAAAUUAUGUCUUUGUUGCGACUCGCGAGAUGUGUUAACUUGGAGAUCAAGGAGAAAUUUUCUAAAAUGGAAAUUCAUUCGGCACUGUCCCAGAUGACUGAUUCGAAUGAGAUUUUCAUUUACAACGGACUGGUCCAUUUGGUGUGACAACAUUUUGUGAUUAUGAGUUAUUCAUUGUCCGCUGAAUAAAUGUAACUUAAUUUAAGCGUC